UGCACGUUGAUAGGACGGUGAUCGUCUUCCGUGAGUUCCGCGGACGUCAUUACUGAGGGCACAGACAACUGUGGUUGCAGGAAGUAAGACAUUACUUCUAUAGAGAAGCAGAGUAACGGAGCUACACCAUGUCCAACACAACAGAAGGAUCUUCCUACAUCCUUUUCCGGACAUUUAAUGACCGUGACAUAACACUUGUGACGUUUAUUGUGAACAUCGUCAUAUUCAUCAUCGGAUUCUUGGCCUUAUCAUUGAACGCUAUAGUUCUCGACACUCUGGUGAAGAGGGGUAAUCUGGAACCGACGGAUCUGGUGAUGUGCCAUCUUGCAGCCACGGACAUGCUCACCGGGAUCCUCAUCAUCCACACUGUCGGAUACAACCUCAUCUACUUUCAAAACACCAUCGAAUGCCUUAUUCGCAUUGGCGCAGUAUUUAUCUUCAUCUCGAGUUCCGUGUAUCAUCUUUCGUUAUUGACGGGCGACAGGUUCGUGAAGAUCGUCUUCCCCUACCGCUACCAGGAUGUCAUCACCAGGAAGUCCGUGUCCAUCAUGUCGGCUGCUAUCUGGGUGUUCUCCGUCAACCUCGGCCUCCUCCCCUCCUAUGGAUGGCGAGACUACCCACCGCCAUCAGAACCGCCGUGUUCCUUUCUUGGUGUGCUGCACAACGGGUUUCUUCGGUUUGGACUUGUGGUCUUUCUUUUUCCGGUUUUUGUUAUCGCCAUCCUAUAUUCGAAAAUCUUCAUGGUAGCCAGACGACACGCACGUGCUAUUGCGGCCACGGACGUUGCUGGUAGCAAAAAGGAGUCCAGCAGUAUGAAGUUUACCAAGACCGUCGUUAUUCUCAUCGGGACAUAUCUCGUUUCGUUUCUACCAAUGGCUAUGGUUGCCUUGGUGUUCACGUUUGGCGGAUUUCACGAAAUGUCUGCAUCCGACGUUGGGGACUACAUCGUCUACGCCAGCGUCCUGACGUUCGCCAACUCCCUGGUCAACCCAAUUAUCUACGCCUUCAAGCUGCCCCCAGUCAGGAGGAGACUACUCCGCUUCCUUGGCAAGGGCGACAACUCUUCCAACUCAGCAACAAAUGGAACCGUACAGACGAUUGUUACCGAUAUGGAUUAAAUAGAAUGGAUGCAUAUUGUGAACACAAGGAUUGCGUGUAAACGAACUGAACAUUGCCACAGAGUGUAAACGAUUGUUUUCUUGACAUAGCUUUGGAACCUUAAGCUUGAAGUUCAUUGUCCUGUUUUGUGAUAACAAUAUAUCAGCAGUGAAAGGAUAUCAUUUGUUAAUGUCAGGUUUCAACACCUACUUCAUCGCCUUCAAUUAUUAAGCAUUUAUGAUAUGUAUGUUAUCCUCUCAAUUUAUUCGUGAUUUAAGCAAACUGUCAUUAGCUGUGUACGAACGAAAUUAAUAUGUGUGUGGGCCAUAAACUUGGAAUAGUAGAAUAUGUUAUGCCCCAAUGAAAAGGUAUUGUCAUGUGUGAUGUGAAGCAACGAUAAAGCACGUUUUAACAUGUUCGUGGGGAAAAGAGACAACGUUUUAAGGUGAAAUAGCAGUUAGGGGCCGCUCCGUUGUUACAUGAGAUGGUGGGUCAGAGGCUUUAGAUGCAUUAAUGCACUGAAAAUAAUUACCCUCCCCUAUCUAAUGCUUGUUUGGCUGACCCUGCCUUAUCCUUGUACAUGUAUAACAUGACUCUCCCCCAAUAUGACCCUCCCCUUGACACUGACAUUUUAUGACCAUGCCCCGAUUCCCUCUGACCCCCUUCUUCCUAUAAUAAAUGGACGGUUAGUCUGUUGAAUAUUUGGCUUUUGGAUAUUAUUCUGUGACUUGGCUAAUGGCUGGAUGUCAUUUUGUGAUAUUAUUUCUAAGUGCCCUACGUUUCUGAUUCACAUUGCCCAUUGUAUGUCAGUCCUAGAUACAAUAGCGAAGUAGUUAGGCUGAGUUAUAAAGAUGUUAAAUUCUCAGCCAAGUGAAAAUGUUACCCACAAUGUUGCCACACAUUUGUCAACUUGGCCGAAGGGAUAUGAAAACAUCUUACACAAGCCUCAUUUUCAGCUAUUGCUUUCCAUCAUAUCAUUUGGCUGUGUUCACGGAGAUGUGUCUACCUCAGAUAUAUUUUUUAAACAUGAACACAUUAACAGUUUACAAGUAUGUGAAGGAAGCUGACUUAAUACCUUAUGCUAAGGCAAAUAUGAAAUACGAUGCAUAUGUGUUUGUUUGUUUGUUUGUUAUUUGACACCGAACUGGGCAAUAUUCCAGCUAUAUGGCGGCGGUCAGUAGGUAAUCGAGUCGGGACCAGCCAUUCCAGUGGAUGCCAUCAUAGGCAUCGAUACGAUGACAUGCAGAUGUGAAAAUUAUCUCUGCUCCACAUAACAUAAAAAGGCUCUGGAUUUCAUGAUUAGUUGGCAGAGGUUUGAUACUUGGGAUAUCUACAUGAGCAUGUGUGUCAAGUUUAAAUGUUUAUAACUAAGUUAAGAAGACGUUUGUUUUAAUGAUGCACAUUUGUGAAUAGCAAAUACAUGUAACGAAGCAAUGUUAAUGGCAAGGGUCGGACCUUCUAUAUUCUGAGAGAAAAGGGUGAUUUGAAGCAAUGAAUAAUAAAUGGUUGGUCCCUAAGCGUCCCUGGUUGCACCUCUCACAUGUGUAGGCACUCAGUAUCCACUGUUUCGUACAUUGAUGUAGGCUUCACAGAUCAUAAUAAUAAAGGAUUUGUGGUAAGCUUAACGUGUGCUUCAAGGUCCCAAUGGUUUUGCUAUCAUAACGAUAAUGGAUUUUGAGGCAAGCUUGACGUGUACUUCAGAGUCACAAACGAUUUGUUAUUUCUAUCAUAUGACUUUUAUGUCUUAGCCUUAGUAAGUCUGAUGUAAUUCGAACAAAUGCAUAUUUUCAUAUCUGUUGUAUGGAUAAACUA